ACAAACCGGAAGUAGUUCUCAUGUUUUAAACUUUAUACCAAAUGCGUCGGCAUGCACCGGAGCCUCCGCUUUAGCCAUGUGUUUGUAGUUUCUACCCAUGAAAGAAGUACAUUAAUUAUAAAUUCACGGGACCAAAAGCAUCUGAAGAAACUUCAGCUUGAAGAUGGAUCCUUCACCAUCACCAGCAACACGCAAUGGACAGAAGAGAAAGAGUGACGCCCCCACAACACACAAAAAGGCAAAGAGAUUAAAAACUGAGCAGGAAGGCGAGGAGUCCCUGGAUUGCAGACGCUCCUCCUGUCCACCGAGGAUCUCUGUGCUGCUUGACCGCCUUCAACAACCAAUUACACUGAAUGAGCUGACGGAGCUGCUGCAUUAUGCUGCUCUGGGGAAAACAGGGGGCAUUAAACAGCCCAGCUGGUGUCGACUCCUCCAUCAAAAGAGGAUUAAAGCCAUGAAUGUAGUGAUCGUGGAGGGCCUGACUCAAAGUCACUUUUAUGAACACUACCUCACCUUGAGACACCUCAGGACCACCUACAACACUAGGGUCACCUUCACUCCAUCAUCUGCAGACGUGGCAUCCGCUAUCUUCGGCAGUGAAGUUCCUAAAUCGGAUGCUUUGUCCCUUUUCCAAACCCACAGUGAAGGCAGUCAGCUGCACAAAGCACUGAGGAGCCACCCAGUCAUCACCAAGUUUGGUACACAGAGGAGAGGGCUUACGGCGUACGUUCUCCCCCAGGAGGAGCUGAUCAAGAGGCACUUCCCUGUCAAAGGAAUGCCAGGCUUUGAGGAAUUCGUGUGCACAGACAGUGUUGACUGUGUGACUGACAGCAGCCCUCUGUACGGACUUGACUGUGAAAUGUGUCUGACAGAAAAGGGAUAUGAGCUGGCUCGUGUUUCUCUGGUGGAUGGCGAUGGCAGCUGCGUGCUGGACGAGCUGGUGAAACCACAGAACCGGAUCCUCAACUACCUCACCAAGUUCUCUGGUAUAACCGCGGCGAUGUUGCGACCAGUCACAGCCACCUUGCGGGACGUUCAAGUGAAGCUCGGGAAGUUGUUGCCUAGCGACGCAGUCCUGGUGGGCCAUUCACUGAACAACGACCUCAUGGCUCUCAAACUGAUUCACCAGCAUGUAAUCGACACCUCACUGCUGUACAGGAGAGAGUUUGGACAGAGGUUUAAACUUAAGGUCCUGGCCGAGACAGUGCUGAAGAGGCAAAUACAAACUGAAGAGAAGAAGGGUCAUAAUCCCACUGAGGACGCUGUGGCAGCCCUGGAGCUGGCCCAGUACUUCAUUAAAACAGGACCUCGCCAGGUUGUAGAGCUUCACCUGGAGGAGCUGUGGGGAUAUACAACAGAAGAGGAGUCCACUGACUGUGCUCCUGCACCAACACCCAGUCACAGGUUUGCUGACCUGCUACAAACACUUGGCCGGUCAGUAGCCUUUUUAGGAAAGCGUUCUGACAUCACACUGGAUCUCUCCAAUCAGAUGUGGCACAGCUCUGACAAAGAGGUGCUGGCCUCUUUCAGGAAACAGACCAAGUGUCCGUUCCUGUCGGUGCUCCAGUUUUCGUCCCUCUCAGACCAUCUGAAGGGAAGCCUCCCUCACCGUGAGCAGCAGUUGCAGAGGGUGUGUGCAAACGUUCGAGAUAUGUGUGUCGUGUUUGCCGGGCCGUUUCCUUCAGGUUUCACUGAGAGGGAAGUGAAGCGGCUGUUCUGUUGCUGUGGACCAGUCCGGAAAAUCAAGAUGCUCACCAAAACUGUCAGGGUUCAUGCAGAGGUAGAGUUUGAGCUGUUGGAGGGAGCUGUGCUGGCUUUAAAAACUCUGAAUGGACUUAAUAUGCAGGGUCAGUCCAUUAAGGUCCAGAGGCCUGUCUAUGAGUCCAUGCUGGACCUGGAUCUGACUAUUGAUGCUUUGAUGGGUGAACGUCUCAACAGCAGUCGCCUCUACGCUGUUAAAUUAAACCCCAGUGCAGCCGAGUGCACACACUUUUCUGCCAAAGUCAAUGGACAUGCUCCUGUCGCAACAGCCAACGACCUCCCCGCUGCUAAAGUAAAUGGUUCACAGUUGCAGCUCACCGCCGUAAAGUCCAAACUGUCUGAGGAGACAAUCAGAGAGAUAUUUGCUCGCUUUGGUACGGUGGAGAGAGUCGUCCUGCCUGCCAAACCUGGAAGACAUGCAAGACAUGCACACAUCUACUUUGAGCGUCCAGAGGACAAACAUGUAGCCCUCAGCUCCUCCGAGGACCUCUGGAAGGAAAACUACCUCAUCUGUCCAGCCGUAACUCCACCCCACUUACCCUCAUGGGUUCCCGUGACAACGCCAGCCUCCACUGCGGAUCCCGAAAAGGAAGCAGCAGCAGACGAGGAGAGGAGCCACAUGCGCACCAGUUCUCAGGACCAAGAAAUGGAUCUCAUGAUGAGGAGGUUGGACCACCGCCUGCGGAAGCUCUUCAGGUCCCUCCAAGACGGCACCCUGUCAGUGGUCCUUCUGCUUGGACACACCAGUGCUAAUGGUUACAUUCCUGGUUUGUGCUUAAUGGAGGUCAAGCAAGGUUCUGGAGAAAAGCGGUGACCUGUGAGUGGCUGUUCAGAAUUCAGAACUUUAUUUAUCCCCGAAGGGAAAUUUUUUAACCUGUUAAACUGCACUGUCAAAUUAUCUUUCAGCACAUUGAUGCUUGAUCUUGUCUGUAACUUUAACUGUAACCGAAUGCAAUCACCGAAAUGUAGAAAUAAAUCAGUGCACAGACUUAUGUUUUAAAGAGCUAAGAGCUGUAAGUCUAUUUUGCAAAUAAAGGCAAGUAAAUACAG